AAGGACGCGUGCAUGGGUCUGCCUGAGCCAGAGCUUCGGACUGCCUGCGUCAAUCGAGGUGUACGUCUUAUGGAACCCACCUAACCUCACCACCAUCAACGUCCCCAUCGAUAUCACAACUGCGUUCCCCUCUAUCCACCCGCAUCGAGACCAUAAUUCAACAUUGGAAGAUUCUCACCUCGGGAAGUCUUCCGCUUUCGAAAGUGAUACUUAAUUCUACAUCCAUCACAUAAAUAUUGGCGCCACGACGCCGGAGACUCGCCGCCAUGGACACCCUGGUAGCCCGCUACAGCCGCCCGGCUUACCAGCAGAACGAGACAUUCACAGAAGAUGAUCAGCAAGACCUUUGCGAUUCCGUCCCAAGUCUUUCACUCAAGUUUGCGGUUCCGCCAGUAGCACAUCCCUCAUCUUGGCUCCGCACAGCAACGGACGACCACGCAAACCCAAACUGCCCCAUCAAGAUCGCACACGGAACGACGACGCUCGCUUUCAGGUUUCAGGGAGGCAUCAUCGUUGCGACCGACUCUCGUGCCACCGCCGGCAACUGGAUUGCUUCGCAGACGGUCAAGAAGGUCAUCGAGAUCAACUCUUGCCUGCUCGGCACCAUGGCCGGCGGUGCCGCAGACUGCCAGUACUGGCUCGCCUGGCUGGGCAUGCAGUGCCGUCUGCACGAGCUCCGCCACAAGCGCCGCAUCUCGGUCGCCGCCGCCUCCAAGAUUCUCGCCAACCUCGUCUACCAGUACAAGGGCAUGGGCCUCAGCAUGGGUACCAUGUGCGCCGGCGUCACCAAGGAGGAGGGUCCCGCCCUGUACUACAUCGACAGCGACGGCACCAGGCUUGCCGGCAAUCUGUUCUGUGUGGGAUCCGGUCAGACCUUUGCCUAUGGUGUGCUGGAUGCCGAGUACAAGUACGACCUGUCGGAUGAGGAUGCGCUCGAGCUCGGCCGCAGGAGCAUUCUCGCCGCCACCCACAGGGAUGCCUACUCCGGUGGUUUUAUCAACUUGUACCACGUCAAGGAGGACGGUUGGGUCAAGCACGGAUUCAACGACACGAACCCUAUCUUCUGGAAGACUAAGCUGGAGAAGGGCGAGUUUACCAACGUUACGAGUGCGCUGGACUAGAUGUUUAACGAAUUAUGGCAGUAUGAUUGCCUUAUUUCAAGCGUCGACUCGGGUCUAGGCAUGGCAUUGGGAACAGGAUGACGGCUGUGACGAAUCACAAAAAAGUUACUCAAGCUGGGUGUGAUGGUGGGCAACGGGAUACUCUGUUGUCUGGUCCCCGUGCGUGCACAGGAAUCCGUACCAUUUUCUCAUCUUUCCCUUUCCCCCUUUUUUUUCCGGAAGGCGAAUGUCUCAACAACGUGUACUCAAAAGACACCAGGAUCGUUUUACAGGAAUUGGCGCUUGGUGACAGGCCGGUUUUAGACAACCCAUCUAGCUGAUUAUGCAAGUUGGACGAAUCAUUCCUCAGUAGGUCACGAUGAUAUAAUUGCCAGAGAAAUUCUGUGAAGAGCCGCCAAGGUUUGUAGUUAUACUUGACUUGAUUUCCAUACUGCACAUUAGGGCUGCCAGUACCUACUCGCUGUCAUU